AUUGGAAUUUACUUCUUCUUGAAUUUUCGAUCGACAGAGUUGACUGGCUAGAGGUGUGGCACAUUGCCAGUCUUGUGAACCCCGAGUGCCUAACACUAUCUCAAGCAGGCAGGAGCAUCAGAGUCUAACAGACUACUUGAGUCCACUUGCAAACCCACACUUGUCUCCAGCCCGGUGAUCGGCCUGCCGAGGAGCGCUAAGAGCCUAAGAGGAAACCCUGCGGCCUCCGACGUCACCGUCAUCCACGCGACACAGUCACCCCAUUGCUCGACCUCUAUCCUUUGGUCUCGUGUUCUCAAAGAAGGAGGACAUUUGGGGAUUACUGGGCACAGUUACAGCUACAGCGUGGUAUCGUUGCCUGCUUACCCUGUCUUCGUUUCCCGCAUCUUGCCAGUGUGAUCCGAGCCGUGCGGGGCUUGACACGCGAAGGCCGAAUCCCUAAACGCGCGGGGUUGACAAGAAUCUUCUUUAUUCCCCCAAGAUGUUUCAAUCCUCGAAACCCUACUCGGCCGUUACGGUCCAAAUAGAGGUCCUCACCAGCGAACAAUAUGAGGUGGAUGACUGGAGUGGUAUCGUCGAUCUGGUAGAGGUUGUUCGCAUCCAAGCCAGUGGCCCAACAGAAGCAAGCCGGGCUUUGCGCAAGAAGCUGAAGUACGGCACCCUCCACCGACAGCUACGCGCCCUCACUAUCCUCGACUUCCUGAUUCAGAACGCAGGCGAACGUUUCCUGCGCGAAUUCGCCGACGAGCCCUUGCUAGAACGCUUGCGCAUCGCUGCCACCGAUCCCGUCUCAGACACCCAGGUGAAGCAAAAGUGCAAACAACUAUUUGCGCAAUGGUCGGUGACAUACAAAGACACGCCGGGCAUGGCAAAGAUUGCGGCGCUUUACAAGCAACUUCCCAAGCGCAAGCAACCGGCCACCCAGGCCAAGGCCAAGGUCCUUCGUGAGGGUUCAUCAAACCAGAAUGAGGUACCCAUGGGCCAUACAGUCACCAUCUCAGCCGGUAAUGGACCCGCCACAACGCUCAGCAGUCCCAAACAAAAAUCCAAAUCGAAGGAGAAGAAGAGGGCAAAGACACUCUCGAUCAGCUCGAAGAGCUUCAGUCUAGAACGGGAACGCCCGCAAAUUCUGGAGACUAUUGCGUCCGCGUCGGUGGCGAGUACGAACUUGCUGAAUUCCUUGAAAUUGGUCAAUCGCGAAACGACUCGUGUUAGUGAUGAUGCAGAGUGUAGCCACCGAUUCGACAUUUGCAAAAAGCUCCGUCACCAGAUUCUACGAUACAUCCAACAAAUCGAGAGUGAGGAAUUCCUCGGAGGACUGAUUCACGCCAAUGAGGAGCUUGUUACUGCAUUGAUGGCAUAUGAGGUUCUGGAUAAGAGUGUAGAUUACGACAGCGAUAGUGACGACGAUGUACUAUCUGGCAACUGGCGGUCGCGCGCUGACAUCGAGUCCGAAAUGAACCAAAGCUUUAGUGGGUUGUCCGUCAACCCCCCGAAACCACCCCGGCCUAGUCUACCCAUUGCUUCGUCUUCACAGCAUGGGCGGCAAAUAUUCGAAAGUGAGAGCGAGACAGAGGAAGAAGAUGACGAUGAGGACAACCCCUUCGGAGAUCGAAAUGCGAUCAAAACGCCUGGAAUUGAGAAAGCUGGUUAUUCUUGGUAUGCAUGUGGUCACUGUUUUAAUGCUCGGCAAGUAGCUAACAGACGUGUAGGAAAGAAGUAUGAUCCAGGCUUCAUGGAGCCGUGGUUUUAUAAAUGCGUUGCUGCUUGAACUUGACUUUAUUGUUAGAUUGGGUAUGUCUUUACGGAAUAUCCAAAUGAGCCUAUGGUGUGUGGGUGUUGAUGAGACAUGCUUUUCUUUUUUACCUCGAUGCGAUGUUGUAUUCUAUCGUUCCGGGAAUCAAUGCAUAGCUGGAAAUGAAUAUACUAUAAUCAC